UGUUAAAUCACCAAACAAAAGUAACAUGAAUAUCCAGAGAGCGCUGCUCUUUUGACUUCGGAAGAAUGGCCGGUUCUGUGAGGGAGGUGAAAACUAAGGACGAGUUUUGGAAAAUAGUAACUGACGUUAAUAAAAAUCAUCUAAAUGUUGUCCAUUUCUGGGCUGAAUGGGCAUCCCAGUGCCAGAUGAUGGAUGAUGUUGUGAAAGAACUUACAAGUGAAAGGCAACUAAAAGAAGUUAAGUUCUUAAAGGUUGAGGCUGAGGCAUUACCGGAUAUAUCUCAGCACUACAGUGUUACAUCAGUCCCAACAUUUCUUUUACUAAAGGGAAACACAGUGGUUGAUAAGGUAGAAGGAGCUGAUGCCCCUACUUUAACAAAGAAAGUACAUCAACAAGCAACAAAAAUGAUUGUACAACCUCCAGCAGAGCCAUCACCUUCAAUAGAAGAUCUGAAUUCAAGGUUAAAAAAACUUGUCAACACAGCUACUUGCAUGCUCUUUAUGAAAGGAACACCCGAGGAACCAUGUUGUGGUUUUAGUAAAAAAACAGUGGAGUUACUUCAGAAGUACAAUACUCAGUUUAGCUCUUUCAACAUUCUAGCUGAUCAAGAAGUCAGAGAAGGUUUGAAAAAGUUCUCCAAUUGGCCUACCUAUCCUCAGUUAUACAUUAAUGGUGAAUUGGUUGGAGGUCUUGAUAUUUUGAAAGAACUAGAUGAAACUGGGGAGCUAGAACCUAUGUUACCUAAAAAGGAAGAUCUAAAUAAACGACUAGGAAACUUGAUCAAUAAAGCACCACUAAUGAUAUUUAUGAAAGGAUCACGUGAUAACCCUCGCUGUGGUUUUAGUAAAACUUUAAUUGGGAUUCUUAAUGAAACUGGACGUAAAUAUGAAACUUUUGACAUAUUACAAGAUGAAGAGGUUCGGCAAGGAUUGAAAACAUUUUCUAACUGGCCAACAUAUCCACAAAUCUAUGUCAAUGGCAGUUUAAUUGGUGGUUUGGACAUAAUUAAGGAGUUGCAAGAAACAGGAGAGCUGGAUAAAACACUGAAUGGAGAAUAAACAAGAAACAGGAGAGUUGGAGAAAACACUGAAUGGAGAAUAAAAAAAAUUCAAAUUUCCUCUUGAGUAAUUAUCCUAUGUUUAACAAACCUUGAAUGCAAAUAUCCAUAGUUUUGGUCAGUUUCAACCUGUUCAGGUAGAUGAUGGCAGAAUUAUAAAAGAAUCUCUAAUGUAAUAAAGCUUUUCAAAACACGAUUAAGAAAAGCAUUCAAUUUCAAAAAUUUUAUAAGUUGCUGAGAUAAAUAAAAAUAAAUUGAAAUCA